GGCAGAUCUGAUGGACAACUCAGAGCUAAUUCGAAAUGUGACUCUGUGUGGGCACCUUCACCACGGCAAGACGUGUUUUGUUGACUGCCUGAUAGAACAGACACACCCAGAAAUCCGGAAGCGCUAUGACCAGGAUCUUUGCUACACUGAUAUAUUGUUCACAGAGCAAGAGAGGGGAGUAGGGAUCAAGAGCACACCAGUGACUAUUGUUCUGCCGGACACCAAAGGAAAGUCUUUUCUCUUCAACAUCAUUGACACUCCAGGUCAUGUCAAUUUUUCUGAUGAGGUGACAGCUGGUCUUCGUAUUUCGGACGGCAUUGUACUUUUCAUUGAUGCGGCUGAGGGGGUGAUGCUGAACACGGAGAGGCUGAUCAAGCACGCGGUGCAGGAAAGGCUCGCAGUGACCGUGUGCAUCAACAAGAUUGACCGACUGAUCCUGGAGCUGAAAUUGCCCCCUACAGAUGCUUACUACAAACUCCGACACAUUGUAGAUGAAGUUAAUGGUCUGAUCAGCAUGUAUUCCACCGACGAGAACCUCGUUCUGUCUCCCCUUCUGGGGAACGUGUGUUUCUCCAGUUCACAGUACAGCAUCUGCUUCACGCUGGGAUCUUUUGCAAAGAUUUAUGCAGACACAUAUGGAGACAUCAAUUAUCAGGAGUUUGCAAAGCGGCUUUGGGGUGACAUCUACUUCAACCCGAAGACCCGCAAGUUCACUAAAAAGGCCCCAACUAGCAGUUCCCAGCGCAGCUUUGUGGAGUUCAUUCUGGAACCCCUGUACAAGAUCUUGGCUCAGGUGGUGGGGGACGUGGACACGACCCUGCCCAGGACUCUGGAUGAACUUGGCAUCCACCUGACCAAAGAGGAAUUGAAAUUGAACAUUCGGCCCCUCCUGCGGCUUGUCUGCAAGAAGUUCUUUGGGGAAUUCACAGGCUUCGUGGACAUGUGUGUGCAGCAUAUCCCCUCCCCGAAGGUGGGAGCCAAGACGAAAAUUGAGCAUACCUACACUGGUGGCGUCGACUCCGAUCUAGGGGAGGCCAUGAGUGAAUGCGACCCUGAUGGUCCGCUGAUGUGUCACACAACAAAAAUGUACAGCACAGACGACGGCGUUCAGUUCCACGCCUUUGGCAGAGUGCUCAGCGGUACUAUCCAUGCUGGGCAGCCUGUGAAGGUCCUUGGAGAAAACUAUACCCUGGAAGAUGAGGAGGAUUCCCAGAUCUGCACUGUCGGACGCCUCUGGAUCUCGGUUGCGAGGUAUCACAUUGAGGUAAACCGGGUUCCUGCUGGCAACUGGGUGCUGAUAGAAGGAGUGGACCAGCCCAUAGUGAAGACUGCAACUGUCACGGAGCCUCGGGGCAAUGAGGAGGCUCAGAUCUUCCGUCCUUUGAAGUUCAACACUACAUCUGUCAUCAAAAUAGCUGUAGAGCCAGUCAACCCUUCGGAGCUCCCCAAAAUGUUGGAUGGUCUCCGCAAAGUCAACAAGAGUUACCCCUCGCUUACUACUAAGGUGGAAGAGUCUGGGGAGCAUGUGAUCCUCGGGACGGGGGAGCUUUACCUGGAUUGUGUGAUGCAUGAUUUACGGAAGAUGUAUUCAGAGAUUGAUAUCAAGGUUGCUGAUCCAGUUGUUACAUUCUGUGAGACAGUGGUGGAAACAUCCUCCCUAAAGUGCUUUGCUGAGACACCCAACAAGAAGAACAAGAUCACAAUGAUUGCUGAGCCUCUGGAGAAGGGACUCGCAGAGGACAUUGAAAAUGAAGUGGUCCAGAUAACAUGGAACAGAAAGAAGCUGGGUGAGUUCUUCCAGACGAAAUAUGACUGGGAUUUGCUGGCUGCCCGUUCCAUCUGGGCCUUUGGGCCAGAUGCCACUGGCCCAAACAUCCUAGUAGACGAUACGCUGCCCUCAGAGGUGGACAAGUCACUGCUGGGCUCUGUGAAGGACAGCAUUGUGCAGGGAUUUCAGUGGGGGACCAGGGAAGGGCCUCUCUGUGAUGAAUUGAUCCGCAAUGUGAAGUUUAAGAUCCUGGAUGCAGUGAUUGCUCAGGAGCCCUUGCACCGAGGUGGAGGACAGAUCAUCCCAACAGCCCGGAGAGUGGUGUAUUCCGCUUUCCUGAUGGCCACCCCUCGCCUGAUGGAGCCAUACUACUUUGUGGAGGUGCAGGCUCCCGCCGACUGCGUGUCUGCAGUGUACACGGUCCUGGCCAGGCGGAGAGGCCAUGUGACACAAGAUGCUCCGAUCCCGGGCUCCCCGCUCUACACCAUCAAAGCCUUCAUCCCAGCCAUUGAUUCAUUUGGGUUUGAGACAGACCUGAGGACCCACACGCAGGGACAAGCCUUCUCGCUCUCUGUCUUCCACCACUGGCAGAUUGUGCCUGGUGACCCCUUGGACAAGAGCAUCGUUAUCCGACCCCUGGAGCCCCAGCCAGCCCCACAUCUGGCCAGAGAGUUCAUGAUCAAGACCAGGCGUAGGAAGGGCUUGAGUGAGGACGUGAGCAUCAGCAAGUUCUUCGACGACCCCAUGUUGCUGGAGCUGGCCAAGCAAGACGUCGUUCUCAACUACCCCAUGUGA